GUAUGAUAACAUUUUGGGAUUGGCGGCCAAUCUCGGAACUGCAUCAACACUGCCGAGCGCUUUAUCCGGAAAUAUCGCCUGGAGAAGUUCCUCCGGAGCUUCCUGUCUCUUAAUCCACUUGUUGAGCGGAGGAGAAGAGCGAGGAGGCGCUCGCGAACUUCAGUUUUCACUAAAACUCCUGUAAUGUCGGAAGCAGACGAGUAAACGGCGCCCAAACAGUUGUGCACCAUGUUCGGGUUGGGGAGAGCCGGAGUCCUCGGCGCCUCCGUCGCUGUGGCGGGGGGAGUCGCUUAUCUUAUCUGGAGCUACGCGUCCUCCUCCGGGGAGAAGAAGCCCGAAACACGGCCGGGAGAGGACGGUAAAAGCGGCAGAGAGGAAAGAGAAGGCGAGGAGGAGGAGGAGGAGAUACGAGAGGAAGCGGCUCCGGUGAUUAGAGCUCAGCAGCAGCAGACGCAGCUUCUUGAGCCCACAUUGCCUGUGGUUGAACCUGUAGCUGCUGCGAAAGUGCAGAAAACAUCGCAGUCCCAGCCUGUGGAGUCGGGGGGGACGCAGAUUCUGGUUCUGGGUCUGGAUGGAUCAGGGAAAACCAGCCUGCUGCGCGCUCUGUCCAGCGGCAGCGUGGAGCAGGACGUGCAGCCGACGCAGGGCUUCAACGCCGUCUCCAUCAGCAGAGACGACCUCCACGUCGAGUUUCUGGAAAUUGGAGGUAAAGAGGAUCUGCGGCCGUACUGGCACAGGUACAUGUCCAAAGCCCUGCUGCUGCUGUUUGUGGUCGACUCCUCCAGCCUGCAGCGCUUUCCGGUGGCUAAGAAACACCUACACGAGCUGCUGGCCUCUCGCCCGAGCCUGCCGUUAAUGGUGCUGGCCAACAAACAGGAUCUUCCAGGUUCCUGCAGCAUCACAGACCUCCACGACGCUCUCUCCCUCUCCGAGCUCGGGGAGCGGCGGUUGUUCCUCAUCGGUACCCACGUGAAGAAGGGCGAGGCAGAGCCGGGCUCGGGCGUGCAGGACGCUCAGGCCCUGAUUUUCCAGAUGGUCCGUGAUGGCAGAUGAAGCAGUGUUGGCUGUUGUCACUUAAUCCUGUACUUCAAAUCACAUUCAGUGAGCUCGCUGCACUUUUUUCACAUUAGUGUUUUCGCUACAUGUUGGCCAAAACUCUGGUUACUGGUUUGUGUUGGUCCAUCAUGUGGGGG